CAAACACACAGAAUGGAUUAUUGUUUUUUAAUUUUUAGGGGAACGCUGAGGAAAUGCUUUUCUGGAGAAAAUUCAUCAACAAAUACUUACUGCCCAUUAAGCCAAGUCCAGAAGAAAAGAAAAAUAUCGCGGACGAAUUGAGGGAGCUCCGUAACAACUCUUCCUUCGGCCUCAUCAUCAUCAACCUGCUGUGGAUGGCCGUGAACUUCAUGUUCCAGUUCACUACGGCCGCCAAGGUCACCAUACCCACAGGUCAUAGCAGCGGCGCAGUGGAGGAAAGCGCUCUGGGUCUGAGUUUCGUGGGCCUGCUGUUGAUUCUGCUGUUGACCCAAGUGAUUGGGAUGCUGAUUCAUAGGUUGGGAACACUGCAGCAUCUGUUGGCUAUCACAGAGAUCAAAAUCAG